GGGGCGCGUCCGUCACGGGGCAGCCCCCGGUCCCGACCGGAGGGAUGCGGAGUGGCGGCCGCGGCAGUGGCGGAGACUGUGGCUUUAAGAGCGAGCCGGGAGCGCGAGGUCCAGCCGGGCCAUCCUUUGCCGCCGCGCACCCCCGCGGAGCCGAGCCCCGCGCCGGCCGGACGGGGCAGCCUGCUGCCGGGCUGCUGAGAGCCAGCCCUAGACCUCUGCUUGAGGGUCCUUCCUCUGAAGACAUCACCAGUGUGUGGAGCCUGCCCCACACCCACCCCCUGCCAAACCACGGCCUUUACCUGUGUCUUCCGGUGUUUCCCGUGCGACCCGUCCUGUGGGAGUGCCUCGUGGGCCACCCCGGAGUUCACCCCACACUCAGCGGCGCCAAUGGUGAAGAUGACAAGAUCCAAGACUUUCCAGGCAUACCUGCCUUCCUGCCACCGGACCUAUAGCUGCAUUCACUGCAGAGCUCACUUGGCCAAUCACGAUGAACUAAUUUCCAAGUCCUUCCAAGGAAGUCAAGGACGAGCAUACCUCUUUAACUCAGUAGUUAAUGUAGGCUGCGGGCCUGCGGAAGAGCGUGUGUUGCUAACAGGACUGCAUGCAGUUGCAGACAUUUACUGUGAAAACUGCAAAACCACGCUGGGCUGGAAAUAUGAACAUGCUUUUGAAAGCAGCCAGAAAUAUAAAGAAGGCAAAUACAUCAUUGAACUAGCACACAUGAUCAAGGACAAUGGCUGGGACUGAUCGCACAGCAUCCGCCCAACCCAGUGUCCACGUGAACGCUAUCCAACCGAACAUUCUACCCAAGCGUGAGAGAGUGACUGAACACUUGGUUCCAUCCAUUUAGGGGCCUUGCCAUCUGGGGCAUCCUCCCACCCUGACACCAUCUUUCUGGUGACCGGCCUCUAAAUCACUGUCUCUCUGUCUCUUUGCUUUGUAUCUGUUUGUGAGUUGAUCCUGGCUUCUCUCUCUGUUCUAGUGUUGGCUGAAAACAAAACAACGAAAGGAACAGAUCCUUGACCGCAUGGCGGCAGCCCACCUUGAUGAAGGCCCCCGGGCCCAUGCAAGAGCUGCCUGAUGGCCUCUUGUCAGGAGAGCAGUGGCACGGGGGCGAGAGGAAGAGGGAAAAGGGGGCACCCUGAGGGUCCUGGGGUGAUUAGGGGGCGGGAGGGUGGUGGUAGGAACGGAAUUGAGCUGCUCCUGGAGACCUGAUAACUUAGGCUUGAAAUAAUCGACUUGUCUAAAAGGACAAAGAGAAAAAAAAUACCUCAUGACUGCAUUCUCUCUGAUCAGAAGCUUCUGUCCCUGACACCAAAUGUGCCAGGCUAGCAAAUGAGCACAAGAAGUAGCCCUAAUUCUAGUUGGCAGGGCAAGGGCCUGGUUCUCCUGGGCCGAGUUGGGGAGUGUCCUGGCAGCAGUGAGUGACUUGAGAAAAGGCCAAGUGGGCUUUGAUGACCCUGACGCCUCACUCGGCCUCUUGCAAUCAUCUUCUUUGCCUCUUUAGACACCCCGUAGGUGAGGGGAGAGGGGACUGCCAUUUGCAGUGGGCACAAGAUCCAAAUAUCUCAAAGGCUUUGACCAGCAACGAGGUAAAAUCAGUAAUUGGGGAGAGCAGGGAGUGAAGGGGGCUGCAGUUUGGAAGCUCCUGAAGAAAUGGCUCAGAUAUUGAGCCAGAAAAAUACAAAGUAGAAUCAGUUAGCAAUUCUGACUGACCUUUUUUCUGACCCUUAAUAAAAGUAAUGUGGCCAGGGAAGGGGGUUGGGUAGGGGCAAUCCCAAGAAUACUUCAGAUUUGGAACCAGUACAGGUUAGGUGCAUCUUUCCUCUUUGGAUGUGCAGUGGCUUCAGUGGGAUCAGCCAUGCUUUGUUCAUAGAGUGUUUUUCUCCAGUUCUAUCAUUGUAGACUGUGGAAAACAGACGCCAAAGGCUUUGAGCUUCGUGGACACCUGGCUGGUGGAUUCCUCAUGCCCUAGUUGUUCCCCUUGGACCUUGUGUGGAGAGAAAUCUCCUGUCGGUUGGUCCAGCAGUGGGGGAGGGUUAUGAAUUCCAAUAUUACUCCCCCCACCUAUCCAAACUUCAUUAUAUUAGGGAAGUGGAGACUAAACCCCUAUAAGGCUCUUGAGAGAAAGAGCAGUUUGUUACAUUUAAUCAACACUGUGAAGUCUGCUCUACAGCAAUUCAACCAGUAUAAGGUGCAUGACUGAAACUCAUUUAACUGAGUUAAUUUCAUUUCUUAGACUGAAAAUAUUAUUGUUAAGAUACAUUGUGUGUGUUAGGUAACUCUCAGCAUCUCAUUCUCCAAAUAGGCUGAUCCUGUAGGAAAAUUAACCUUAAAAAUCUCACAAAAGAGUGAGUUCAUGGAGAAAAUAAUCUGCAAAAUUUAUUAACCAAGAUGAAAACAGACACCCCAGGACAUUUUCAGAAUUACAUCUACAGCAGAACCAAAUUUGCAUAGGGAGAGUCCAUGGUGGAAAUGCCUUGGUAUAUAGCUCCAUGUGCAGGUGGCAGAGUGGGAAACCUGGGCCAGGCGUGGUUAUGCCCUGCUGGUGGCCGACCACAGGCCUGACAGAAAGCAAGGUAGCUCUGGGGUUGGCAGUAGAGUACCUCUGUAGGACAUAGGGAUUCUUAGAAAUUGAAUUUUGCUCCCCAAGGCUUCUUGUCCAGAUGUUUCCCUGAGUGCUUUAGUAGCCCUUGGAAAGUAAGUUGUUCUCCCCACUUUACGGCAAGGCAGACUGAGGUUCAGAAGAAGUGUUUGAUUUCUGCUCCCAGAGAAACAGUUCCUCUGGCUCCUAGGCCCAAGCUCUCAAUAGAAAAGCAAAACAUUUUUCAACUUUCACAUUCCUAAGCUGGUUUGCCAGCACAGAAAUCAUGGAUUUUCCCCUCUCUUCCUUCCCCUCCUAGAGGAAGUGGUCUUUGUUCAUGGAUUUUGAUUAGACCCUUUGCUCAGGGAAUGCCCUGACUGUUUAUUGAGAAUCAUUUCCAUAAAAAGAAAAUGGGGGUUAAAUAUGGGUAGGUGUUUUGUUUUUAAAACUAAAAAUGGAACAUGGUGACAUACGGAAACCAAAUGUGGGACGCCUUAGAAUUUUCAAGGAGCAGAGAAAGAGACCAAUGUGCCACUGUUCUUCCUUGGGGCUGAGGCCUGUGACUGUUGCAUGGGUCAGAGCAGGCUCCAGUCAGACCCUGGUUCUGGUUUUUGUCAGUUACUUUCCACUGAGCAUCCAGUGGGUGCACGGCACCUUCCUGGUGUGCGAGAUCUGAGUAGUGUGUUGGUUUUUCCAUACUGCAAGGGGAAAAAAAAACUCAUUAGGCUUUCCCUUUGUGUCAAUGAAACCAAAAGUGCUUCUUAUAGCUUUAGCUUUGUUCAUGGCUUGUCUAUCUAAAAUUUAGCAGUAUUGGAGAGGCCACAGCUGAGUAACGGAGGCGCUAAAUUAACUCAUGGCCUCAGUAAGCUCACUCUUUAAUUUUCUCACCAAGUUAUCAACUUAGAGCAUAACCAAAGACCUCAUCCAUUCACCCCAGGUAGGUUCAGGGAAUUGGAGUUCGUUGGUAGAUUUGGAGGGGGGCGUGCAGGGAGUAGAGAACGGGAAAGGGAGAUGUGAGACAGGGAAAGGCAUGAAGUUCUGUACCUCAGCCAGCAGCUGCCUUCAUUUUUGAACCGAAGUCCAGCUGGCAGACUCUAGUUUCAUCUCCCCUGUGCCACUCUGGGUCAUACGCCCCUGGCCACCCUGGGGUAUACCUGGACCCCUCAGGAUGUUAGUCUCAGGCUGCUGAUGGGUGGAUUUGAUGUUAAUCAAGAACAGCCAGACUUGAUACCCACAGGUUGUCAGCUGGGCCUGACCGAGUUCUGCCCCAACUCCUGUGACAGUAAGAUCACAAAGAUAGGGUGGAGAAAAUCUUUACUGGUGGAUCAGUGUGUGCGAAAGAAGUGUCCCCUUUAUAAAAAGAUUUUCAAGUGGAUAUAUAUUUAAAAAAAAAAACAAUUGCUUGUGAAAUAUACUUUUGUAAAUAUAUUUAAUUUUUUAAAUAAUAUAUUUGGUGCUGUUUUCUCAGAUCCCCUGAGAGCACUUUUUAUUUUCAUUUUAAAUUCUAUGGUUUCCUCUGCAUUUCUUGAAGUGUAUUUUAAGGGAAACAGUGAUCACCAAUAUACUUUUCUUUUUAAAGGUCUCUAUCACUUUCAUCUGGAUCAAGGCUUUAAAGCAAUGCCUGUCUGCAUUUUUUCCCAGUGGAACAGACUCUGCAGUACUUUACCAGGUUGAGAAUUGAAGUAUCUUCUUGCACCAGUAUUCGCUAGAAAAGAAAAGAAAUAAAACCACGUUCAUUUAGUAGUAACAACUUAGAGUGAUUCCUCGUUGGAAGAAUUUCCAACAAAUUGGAGUCAUGUUUUUAAUUUUGUGUGUGUGUGUGUGUGUGUGUGUGUGUGUGUGUGUAAAAGCACUUUCGAUCGUGCCUCCUGUUUUCUUUUUUAUUGGGGACACUAUAACUACAGUUUACACCUCGGGCGCAUAAAGUUUUUCUUCUCUUUCUCUCUGGUUGUUUUUGUUUCUGAGUGGACCAACAGCACAAACCACGAGGAUUUUGUCUUCCUGAGCAUGGAGCUGCUGCUGGUUUGCUCCUUUUUCUUGCUUUGUGUGCUCAACUUUUACAGACUGUAAAGGAAAUCUGUUGUUUGUGAAGAUCAAGCAGAGUGACAUCUGUGCUUCUCACUAAGACGUGAGUGUAUGAAUCACAUAUCCCAGGGUUCCAGUUGUUUUAGAAGCCACGUCAUGUUAAACAUUAACUGGUUUGGGUUAACAGAACAAUAAUAAAAUAAUAUACAUAUCUUAUAGGUAAACAGCUUUUUUUUUUUUUAAGGUCAGAUUGCCUCAGGUUCAGAAAGAGUCUGGGAAAUCAAAUCUUGAACACAAUCAACUCAUAUAUAUUUUACAAGAAUCUGCCUCAAAUGAGGAAAAAAAACCCCUGUUAUCUAGAUAGAAGAAAGAGAUGUUUAAUUUUCUUAAAUUAAAAUACAGUCAUGAAAACUACUGGCAAUAAAAAGGUAAAGCCAAGAAGAAACAAGCUAUUCUCAUAUUACCAAAUUCUAUCUGCCCACAUGUUUUUGUAUAACAUUUUGGUGAAAGUGGGAGUUGAUCCCCUUUUCCCAACCUGCAGAGACUAUCUUUCAAUUCGGAAUCUGUGUAUUUAUGCUUGUGUUUACCGUAUUUGUUGGGUCUGGGUUUUUUGUUUUGUCUUGUUUUUGUUUCCUUUGGUGGCAUUUUUCAGGUCACUUUGCUUCAGUAACAAAGGUAAUUGUUUUCAAAUAAUUUGUCUUCACCUUUUCCUGUAUUUGUACAUAGUGAUUCAAUACUAGAGAAAAGUGCAUUGUUUCUGUCAUAUUUCCAAUCUGUGUUGGUGCUCAUUUGAGAAAAUAAAGUUUUCAAAUAUUAA